UCGGUGUCUCUUCUGUUCCAGGUGCUCACUGCCCGGUGCCAUGCGCUCCAGGUAGGACAUGCCCGUCGCGGAGGCAGGCGCGUCUCUGCAGCCCGCAAGCAGGAGGCUCCUCUGAACAUGGAGAGAUAAGACCUUGACCCGCAGGCCUGCCGGACCGAGAGCCCUGCCGCUCAGGCUGGGUGAGCCUGUGUCCCUGCGAUGGAUCGCAGCCGGGAGGCCGAGAUGGAGCUGCGCAGAGGCCCCGAGGUGGCCGGGGACAAGGCCCUGAGCCACAGCUGCUGCAUCUGCGGCAAGAGCUUCCCCUUCCAGAGCUCCCUGUCGCAGCACAUGCGCAAGCACACGGGCGAGAAGCCCUACAAGUGCCCCUACUGCGACCACAGGGCUUCCCAGAAGGGCAACCUCAAGAUCCACAUCCGCAGCCACCGCACAGGGACUCUGAUCCAGGGGCACGAGCCCGAGGCCGGCGAGACGCGCGUGUCCGAGGGCCUGGACGGCUGCACCAGCCCCACGAAGAGCACUUCGGCCUGCAACAGGAUCCUGAACGGUGCCACCCAGCUGGACAGCCCCAAGAUCCUGCUGCGGAGCAGCAGGAAGGAGGCGGAGGGCGCCGCGGAGGACGGCAGGGCGCCGGCUCAGUGCUCCUUUUGCAAGAGCAAGUUCGAGCGGAAGAAGGAGCUGGAGAGGCACGUGCACCGCGCGCACAAGCCCUUUAAGUGCCGGCUGUGCAGCUACGUGACGCUGCGCGAGGAGUCUCUGUUGAGCCACAUCGAGAAGGACCACAUCACUGCGCAGGGGCCCAGCGGCGAGGCGUACGUGGAGAACGGCAAGCCCGAGCUGCCGCCCGGCGAGUUCCCGUGCGAGGUGUGCGGCCAGGCCUUCAGCCAGACGUGGUUCCUGAAGGCGCACAUGAAGAAGCACAGGGGCUCCUUCGACCACGGCUGCCACAUCUGCGGCCGGAGAUUCAAAGAGCCGUGGUUCCUGAAAAACCACAUGAAGGCGCACGGCCCCAAGGCGGGGAGCAAGAACAGGCCCAAGAGCGAGCUGGACCCCAUCGCCACCAUCAACAACGUGGUGCAGGAGGAGGCCAUCGUGGCCGGCCUGGCCCUCUAUGAAGUCUGCACCAAGUGCGGGAGCCUGUUUACAAACCUGGACAGCUUGAACGCCCACAACACCGUCCACCGCAGGGUGGAGGCGGGCCGGACGCAGGCCCUGGCGGGGGAGGGCGAGCUCGGGCCUGUGGACUCCCAGCAGCUCUUCCUCCAGUGCCUGAGCCUGUGCCCCGCUGGGACAGGUGCGCCCCUCCACAGACAGACAGGGCAGCGUGUGGCCGAGCUGGACCCGGUCAACAGUUACCAGGCCUGGCAGCUGGCCACCAGGGGCAAGGUGGCUGAGCCGGCCGAGUACCUCAAGUACGGGGCGUGGGACGAGGCGCUGGCCGGGGACGUGGCCUUCGACAAGGAGCGCCGCGAGUACAUCCUGGUCAGCCAGGAGAAGCGCAAGCGAGAGCUGGAGCCUGGUGCGCAGGGCCCCCCACGCAAGAGAGCGGGCGCACCCGGGGACCCCAUGCCUGGGACCCUGGACCCUCGGCCUGCGGCACGCCCCAGCCGCCGCGCAACCACCCCUGCCGGCCAAGGCAAGUCCUCCGAGUGCUUUGAGUGCGGCAAGAUCUUCCGCACCUACCACCAGAUGGUGCUGCACUCCCGGGUGCACCGCCGCGCGCGCCGGGACCAGGACGGCGCCGGGGACCGCGCGCCCCGCGCCCGCUGCGGCUCGCUCAGCGAGGGUGACUCGGCCUCACAGCCCAGCAGCCCCGGUUCGGGCUGCGCAGCAGCCGACUCUCCAGGCUCGGGCCUGGCCGAGGAGGGUGCUGAUGAAAGCGGAGAGGAGGGCACAGCCGACCCUGUACCAGGGGCAAAGCCACACGGCUGCUGCUUUUCCGGAGACGUGGCUGCGACUGUGCUCCCCAAUGGAGACCAGAGCCACAGCCUCGGAGAUAACCCGGCGGAGCCAGACACCGGCGGGCCCCGCGCGGACACGGCAGCCUCGGGGUCCGCACGCGAGCGCCACAGCAGAGACCCUUCCCGGGCACCGGAGCCGCCUCGGUUCUCUGUGGACUUGAAGAUGCCCGCCUGUCACCCCAAGCGGGAGGUCCCCGGCUCCAGGGACACGGCAGACUUCCCUUUGAACGCGGAUCAGACUUUUCUGGAAGGAGCACCCCUGCGGCUCUCCUCCGAGAGCCCGGCCAGCCACCCCAAAGAGGAGCCCUGCGAUUUGCACAACAAGGAGCAUUCCGUGGGGAGCAAAAGGGUGCCGGGCCCUGACCUGACCCCGCUGGACCUCAGUGAGAGGUCGACCCGGGACGACGCCCGCCACAAGGAACUGGCGUCCUCGCUGCGGGCGGCGCUGGCCGUGCACCCCUGCCCCUACUGCAGCCACAAGACCUACUACCCCGAGGUCCUCUGGGUGCACAAGCGCCUCUGGCACCGGGUGAGCUGCAGCGCCAUGGCCCCCCGCUGGACGCAGCCCGAAGGCUGCAGGAGCAUCAGGAACAACUUGGUUUUCCUUGUCCGGAGCGGACGCACGGGCCCCCCCCCCGCCCUCGGGGGCAAUGAGUGCCAGCCUCUGCCCAUCGCCAGGUUCACACGCACCCAGGUUCCGGGGGGGGCGCCGGGGCCCAAGGGCAGCUCCUUGCCCCUGGGUGGGCCGACGAAGGCCGCCGGUGUGUCGAAGAGCAGGGAGGGCCAUCCCGGGGGCCCCUGCUCGCUCUGGGCGGCCGGCUCCGAGGGGCCUCGGCAGACCAAACCCGCCCACAGCCCCGAGCCGCACGGAGCCCUGGCCCAGCCGCCCCAGCCAAGGCCCAAGCUGGAGGCUGGCCCCAGACCGGGGCCUGUGGCAGGUGGUGGUUUCAGCAGAAGUGCCACCCCCACAACCACCGUCAUUGCCCGUGUGGGCUCCCAGCCCCCCGCCACCAGCAGGCUGGGGGACAAAUAUGUCAGCCCCCCGGCGGGGGCCGGCCUGGGUCCCCCAAAUAAGCACAGUGCCCCGGACCCACUGAAAGCCAAAUCGAGCCCUCAGCCUCAGGGUCAGCUGCACGUGAAAGGCGAUGGGGGCCCCCCUCUACCUCCCCGAGAGCCCCCCUCCAAGGCCAGCCAGGGCUCCAGAGGGAACACGGCCCCGCAGGCCCAGCCCGUCCCGCAGGCCGUCAAGCCGGAGCCGGUGUCCGAGGGCCACGAGAAGCACCUGGACGUCCUCAGCAUCUUUAAGACCUACAUUCCGAAGGACCUGGCCACCCUCUACCAGAGCUGGGGCGCCAGCAGCCCUGCCCUGGAGCACAGAGGGACGCUCCGGACGCAGGCCCGCCAAGGAGACUUCGUCUGCGUGGAGUGUGGGAAGUGCUUCCACCAGCCCGGCCAGCUGCGGGCACACAUGCGGGCCCACUCAGUGGUGUUUGAGUCCAACGGCCUCCGAGGUGCUGACGUCCACGCCGCCUCCGCGGACGCCCCCAAACAAGGACGAGACCGUUCUAACCCCGAUACCGUCCAGACAGUGCCUCUCCGAAAGGGAACCUAGAGACACGUUUGCAGCGAAGCCCGGUGCCCUGUGACAGCCAUCCGCGGUCCCCAGAGACUCCCGUCCGAGACCCGACCACCCGUGUGAGGACACGGAGCCCUGCCCGCCCGACACCUCCGUCCUGGACCUGCUCUGGCUCCGAAGCCGCCGGGCGAGGCCUCUCCGCUCAGACGUUUAGAAGUCGAGGGAGCGGCCCAGCUCUGGACCCCACGCAGAUGCCCGUCCGCGCCCCUGUGCUCGCGGACUGCAGUCUCGCCGGGGGGCCCCGUCCCUGCUGCUCAAGACGAGUUGGAGACACUGGAGAAGAGCUUCUCGUGUGCGCGGGACCCAGCGCAGCCGCGUGCGCAGGACUGGCGGCGGCGGUGGGAUGUCGGAGGUGGGGCUGAGCUUGACAGUGUUACUACUGCGGCCUCUCCUGUCUUAGUGGGUAUUUAAGUUGUGAAGGAGACGGGAAGGAGGUGGCAUGCGGUGCUGUGGGAACCAGGCGUGGGGGGGACGGGGGCGGAGGGCCACAGCUGGGUCGCCGCCCCUGGGGAGCCCUUGGCAUCCCCAUUUUCCCUUUCGUGGCCCCCACGCCUGUGCUCAGCGCAUGGGCGGCGGGACACAGCCAUGGGGAUGUUUCUGUUCUGUUUGGGGAACAAAGCUAGUUGAACACUAAGAAAAGCAGGCUUCUUUGUUUAUUCUCAGGACCUUUCGUAACAGGGCUACGUUCUGCAACCUGCUCACCAAGGAAGGGCUGCCCGUCCUGACGAGUAGUCUGGCCACCGUGCCCUCCCUGUCUGGACCCUUUCAGGCACGCAGGGGAGCCC